UACUAUUCGUAUACUUGCGAACCCUCGCGCGUUCUUGAUGGACGAAGGAUACUGCUACGUACAACUCUAAAGUGUAUAUCAUACGACGAGAUCGACGCCUGUCAGUGACUACGAUCGGGGCAUCAUGUGCAUGCAUUCAAGGCACAAAUCACAAACUACAUUGCUGUCCUCUGGAUAUAUGGACCACAUGCUUACUUCAUUCCGUUCGGUUCCAGAGCCUCCACGAUGUGGAUGGUUCGCUUCAACUCCGGCGCGUUUUACUGAUGGAAUGAAGAUGGGGGCCCGAGUAGAGGCAGAUGAUAUCAGGGACGUGUUUUUCGCCGAUUCGACGUGGCCAUGGGUUUCUCUACAUAUGAUGCAUGCUCUGGCGCCGAGGGCGGCGAUUGCGAUGCAGUCCGCAGAACCUUGUCCUUGCAUGAGGAUGGCUGCGAGCGAGCGAGCCUGUUCCGUUACAGCGUCGCGUAAGGAUGCACGGCUCUUUCGUGAAGCGCCUACACGCCUCACCGACGACCCUCAGCUUUUCUCUCGCAUCGUGAAGGUUUGCGCGAUGAUAUGGCUCAAGACACUUACGUGGGAGGUAAGGAGAGAAUAUACGUACCUAGGAUAUAACUAUCCACAACCUUGCGGGCUUCAGAAGUAUCUACUCAUAUCCGGACAGCAGACUGGCCUCCCAUAGGGAUUAUCAAGGGUCCUCUUGAAAGCGCCCCCACCAACUCAUAGGCGUUAUGCCCGUCGUCUCGCCCAAUAUUUGUCCUCCUCUCAUGAACGCUUCGCCUCCCAGCGCCCUCCACCUCUCCGCCUCUUUCACACCCGCUAUCGCUCGUGGCGAACCUGCGUACCAUAUAAUUCGUCUACUUGCGGAUCCUCGCGUGUUCUUGA